AUGCCCGCUCUGGUGCUAGACAGAGCUCCCUUGCCUACUGAUGCUUCAAUCAGAAACUUCCAGCAAGGGAAGGUCGGCUACGUGGCCAAUGUUGUGGAGCAGGCCCUAUUGUUGCUUGAAGAUAUGGCCGAUUUAAGGUCACUGAGGAAGUACGAGGUCUUCCUUAGUUUAAAAAGAGACCUCGCUCUAGCUGUCCAGGCUGCCCACAGAGCUGAGGAAAUAGUCAUUAGCUCUCAUAAGGCAAUGAAGGAAGAGGAGGGUAGGAGCGUUGUCACCGUGAAAGCUUUAGAACUAGCAAAGAAGAAGUCACAAGACCUUAAUGCCAAGCUAGUUGAAGUUGAUCGGGACAAGAAAAGGGCUGAGACUGCUUUGGACGAGGUGGAGAGGCAGGUGAAGGCUCAGUGCAAGCAGCUCCGCCAAGUCGAGGACAAGCUCUCCGCUGCCAGAAGCCAGAUCAAAGUCCUGACGAAGAAGCUGAAGGAGGCCGAGAAGGCCAAGGAGCAGGACCGCUACGAUGUGGGCGUGGCAGAGAUCGAGGAAGCUCUCAGGGCUGAGGUCUCGGAGGUGUACAGAUUCUAUCACCUCUAA